AUGGAAGAGAACGGAGUAUUACCAUAUGGUGCAUUGAAGAAGACAGCAGAUAAGUAUGGUGUUACAAGACACACAAUAGAGAGAUUAUGGAAAAGAGCAUGCAAUCAAAGAGUUACGGGUGAUGUCAUUGAUGUCAGGUCAAGGAAAAAGGGAACUGUGGGGAGGAAAUCAAUGGAAUAUAGUGAGGAGUUUCUCCAAUCAGUGCCACUGAAUUUACGCACUUCAGUUAGAUGCUUUGCUGGGGCACUCAAAGUGUCUCCUUCAACAAUUUAUAGACUGCUCAAGAAGGGGAAGCUCAGAAGCCAUACAAGUAGCAACCAUCCAAGUUUGACAGAGACUCACAAAUUGGAGAGGAUGAAGUGGGUUCUAUCCCACAUUCUACCUGGCACACCCACUGUACAAGCAGAGUUUAUACACAUGGAGAACAUCAUACACAUUGAUGAGAAAUGGUUCUAUUUGAACCCAGAUACAAGGAGAUUUUAUUUAUUGCCAAGAGAAGAUGAUCCAUAUAGAUGUUGCCAAUCAAAGAGAUUCAAAAUUAAAGCUAUGUUUAUGGGGGUAGUAUCAAAACCAAUGUAUGAUGCUCAAGGUAAUCUCAUUCAUGAUGGCAAGUUUGGCAUCUUUCCUUUUGUAGAGAGGGUGGCAGCAAAAUACACUACCAAAAACAGAGAUAAGGGCACUAUUGAAACAAAGGCUGUUGAGAGGAUCACUCAGAAGGUCAUCAGAGACAUGAUUAUACAGAAUAUACUGCCAUCUAUAAUGAGUAAGUGGCCUGCUGGUAUGUCCAAGGAUAUAUGCAUCCAACAGGACAAUGCUAGGCCUCACAUACAAGGAAAUGAUGAGGCAUUCAAGGCAGCAGCAACUCAAAAUGGGUUCAACAUCAUGCUCAUUCAACAGCCACCUCAGUCCCCAGAUUUAAAUGUUCUUGAUUUGGGUUUUUUUGAGCCAUACAAGCUUUAA